UUGCUGGAGUCACUUAGUUUGGCUUCUCUAAACACAUUUGCACCACAAAACCGUUGCUAACCAAAAAGUCAGAACUCAGUUAUUCUGUCAUUUCCUCUCUGUUCAUAUCACGACAAUGCCUAGCCAUUGUUGCAUGUGUGUUCCACGUGUAACACAUUGCUGUCUACCAAAGAAUCCAGAAGGAGAGUGUAAGGACAUCUGUUUAUGACCUCAAGCUGAAAUAAUCUUGGGUUGUGCAGCAGGACAAUGAUCCAAAACACACCAGCAAGUCCACCUCAGAAUGGCUGAAGAAAAACAAAACAAAGACUUUGGAGUGGCCUAUGCUGUAAAAAAAAAAAACCUCCAGUGUGGCUGAAUUACAACAAUUCUGUAAAGAUGCCAAAAUUCCGUCACUGCGCUGUAAGAAAUGAAUCGCAAGUUAUUGCAAACACUUGAUUGCAGUUGUUGCAGCCGAGGGUGGCUCAACAGCUUGAAUAGUUCAAAUUGUAAUGUAAUCAUUUAUUAGUGUUGUUAUAGUACCACAAACUUCAUUGAUAAUUCCUUGUGACUCUUGCUAGCUGUUAGCAUUCUGGCUAUCAACAUUGUUAGCACUGACAUUUGGGGUGUUAUGGAUCAGAUGUUAGCGACUGAUAGCAGGCCCAUUCAAAAUUUCAGGCAAAUUUUUUUUUUUUUACAUGAUUUUUAUUUUGAGGCAAGGGUAUUGGAUACAUUUUUUGUGCAUCUAUUUAUUGUUAAGCAUGUAAAUUGGAUAUGAUUGGCCUAGAGUGCAUGUCCAUAUAAGGAAACCUUGUUCCUUACGCCAUCAGUCGCUAGUUAUUAUUUACAACCUUCUAAAUGUUUUUUUACAUGACUUGAGCCUAUAUAAGGAAAUCAUACAUUGAUUGUCUCAUGUUGGUAGAUAAAAUAUUUUUUUAAAAACAACAUCAAACUAAAAAAGAAUGUUUACCGAAUGAAGUGUCCUGAUAAUUAGGCCAUGGAUACACAAGAGGAGGUAUAAGCCCUAUUUAAUUGGUCUAAUGCAUUUAUGACAGCUAAUCAGGCUUAGCGAAGCUGGGUCACCCCUCGUGUGUGUAUACACUUCACUGUCCAUCGAUCAUCAUUGAACACAUGUACUACACAUCACUUUUCUUUGCUUUUUUUUUCCACCAUCUUGGAUUUGACUAUAUGCAAUUCAUGGGAAUUGUAAGAUAUUUUGGCAAAUUAAUGAGAAAGGAUGCAGAACUUGACCCAGCAUGUCCCCAUUCCGAGGCCCGCUUAUUCCCAAGCCAGGGAGAACCUGGUCAAAGCCAUCCCGCCCAAACUGCUGUGUUUGCUGGCCUGCGGGGGAGUAGACUGUCGUUAUGAAGGACCACAAUGUUGGAAAGCAAACCAGCAGGUCAUUCGAGGUGUUUUCUCCUCUUGGGUGACUGAUGAUAUCAUCGCCAUGGCACGACCGUCCAAAGGCUUGAUCGAGAAGUUCAACAUUAUAGAACAAUUUCAAAGAUUGAAUAUAAGAUCCAUCAUAAACAUGCAAGUACCAGGCGAGCAUGCUCACUGUGGACCCCCCUUGGACUCUCAAAGUGGCUUCACAUAUUCGCCUCAGAUCUUCAUGGAGAAUGACAUUUACUUCUACAACUUUGGGAUGCCAGAUUUCGGUGUGUCGUCCCUCGUUGGCAUAAUAGAUGGAGUGAAAGUGUUGGCCUUUGCUGUGGGGGAGGGAAGAGUCGCUGUGCAUUGCCACGCAGGCCUCGGCAGAACAGGUGUCCUAAUAGCCUGCUACUUAAUCUACACGGUGCGGCUCAGUCCCAGCGAGGCCGUUCAAUAUGUCCGCAUCAAGAGGCCGCGCUCCAUCCAAACGCGAGCCCAAAUCAGUCAAGUGUUUGACUUUGCUCGUCUACUCGGUACACAACUAGUCCAGUACCCAGACCUCACCUUGAGACAUGGAGCCCCUGUGACCUUACAGCACCAUCUCAACCGCCAGGCUCUACUGCUACAUGGCCAGGAGGCACGCACCCUCAGAUACACACCCAAGGUGGUAUACCUGCUGUGCAUGCGUCUCUUCUGCAUGGCUCUGGGUCUCCCCGCAGCUCCAGUUAUCAAUGCUGAAUUGGAGAAGAGGUCAGCCCUGAGGAUCUUGAGCAGGACCGUGAGGGAAACACUUGUGUCCAAACAGUACUUGCCCUUGCUGAAGGAACAUCACCAGAUGCCACAGGGGGGGGACUCGGGCUCAGUGUCCUCCUGGGAUGAGCCGUUGGGAUUCUUGGAGAGGAAGAGAGGUCUGCUGCUGGACAAACGAUGCUACAGUGACUCUGACCUUAGCAAGAUGACGGAUCUGGAGAUGAGUCCAUACAGUGCUCCUAUAUUUGGGAAAGAGGGUCUGUCGUGUGAACAAGAUGUGAUAGGACCUGAUCUGAGGCCAUUUAUCUCCAAGACUGCCCCACUUUCACCAGAUCUGAUCAACAAGGACCAACCUUAUCCAUGCAAUAUGCAACCAAGCAGCCACUCUGCCAAGAGGUCAAAGUGCACAGUUAAAAAAGCUCUAUCCAAGCACAGCUCCAACAUUGAGCUGUGCAGGACGUCACAUGAUGCGGGCUCAAUCUCUGUGGCUCGUGUCAUCGCCAAGGCAAUGGCCCACCAAGGUCCACCGGGAGAAGCGGUCCUGCAGCGAUCAUCUCUGCUUCAGGAGGAGCUGAACAGUAGUGAAUGUGGCUGGGCUCUCAUGGUGACUGAAUCAGAUCCUCAUGUUCUCACGUGUCUGCUGUGGUCCUGGCUGGAGAAGCUAAAGGAGCCUGUUCUUAGUGCUGAUGAUAUAGCAAAGCUUUGUUGUGCAGGAAACAACAACAACAAGCCUUUUGGUGUCCUCAAGAAGUCACAGAGACACACUGUUUAUUGUCUGUUGACCUGUGUGAGCACAGUCACCCGCCUAUGUCCACACAGAGAAGAUGCGGUGUUGCAGCGGCUGAUACAAUCGCUGACAAAGAGGCCUCAAGAGGACAUAGACAACCUUGCAAGUUUAGUGAAGAUUCUGAGGUCCAACUUGAGGAAAACAUUUCACGACAGUUACCUGGCAUGGGCCUGAAGGCAUAAUGCUACAAAUGUGAACGCAGCCUCUGAAUGCUAAUAAACAGUGGUUGGAAACAAACAUGGCUGCCAACAAACAAUGAUUAUUUUCCUACAGAAGAAAAAAAGACAGGCGCUGCUUUGAGUGAUGUACUAAUGAUCUACGUUAGCAAAACAAAGGCUAAAAUAACACUCAUAUAAUAGUUAUUAUUAUUAUUAUUAUUUAUUCAACAUUAUUUGUGCAAUUUACUGUUUAUGCUGUACAUUGUUGUUCAUAGUUGAUGUCAUCUAUUUAUUCUCCACAUUAUUAUUUAUUAUUAUACGGGAGCCAGGCAACAACAUUUUGUUGGCAAUUUCUAUCCGUCCGUCCAUCCAUCCAUCCAUCAUCCAUCGUGAAAAUGCAGUUUUUGUUACACACUGUAAAGCUAUUUAUUCUCCACAUUAUUAUUAUUUAUUAUUAUACAGGAGCCAGGCAACAACAUUUUGUUGGCAAUUUCUGUCCGUCCGUCCAUCCAUCCAUCGUGAAAAUGCAGUUUUUGUUACACACUGUAAAGCCAAAAUGCUUGGUUACUAGCUUGUGUACUGGGUGGAGAGUGCAGAGGUAGUUCUUGCACAGGUUCACCCACGAGACCAGGGAUCUUGGCCUCCAAAAGGUUGGUGACCACUGCUUUAGAGAAUUGUUGCCCUUUAUAAAGCAGAGAUUGGCAGUAAUUGUAUUUCUUUCCAUUUAUGCAGUUUAGGACACAAAUAAGUAAAUCUUUAUAAUAACCAUCCUGUAGAAGGUCUGUUUAUUUACACAAGUUACAUAGAGAAUUUACAAAUGUACAAUCAAGCAUACUGUAUAUACAGUAGUCAUACACUAAACGUGUUGCCAUCGUCACCUCUCAGACCAAUUGAUUACAUUUCAAAAACGGGAGGCGGCAUGUAUGAUAGAAAACUAAUGAUGAGAUUGGGCAGACCUAACUUGGAGAAAACAUCCAGCGCCCUCACGCCCAGGAUCCUCCUCAAAGCCAGCCGGCUAAUCUGCUGGAGACUGAGGGGUGUGUCUGAGGAAGAGGAAACAACCACAAUCAAUACCUUCAAUCUAUCAUCUCAUAUACUAACUAUUAAGGUUUAUAUGUUGACAUGCUGGGCUGCAUGGCGGUCGAGUGGUUAGCGCACAGACCUCACAGCUAAGAGACCAGGGUUCAAUGCAUACACAGUUCUAGUUCUGUAUCUACGUAUAGGUUCUACGUGUCCACAUUCUAUUUGGUAAGUUCUAGGUGGAUGUGUUCUAGUUGGAUAGGUCUCUUUCCGUAUUCUGUGCUAUGUGUUCAGGUUCUAUUUAUUCUAGUUCUAUGUGUUCGUAUGUCCUAAAUCCUAGUUCUAUUUACUCAUUUAUUGUUCUAUAGUGGGCUGCACAGUGGUGG